UUGGAACGUUCAGAUAGAAAUAGACAAUAUAGAACACACACAUGCCUCUCCAACAUGUAAAAUGAGUAACCCCCAGCUCUAUUCAUGGCAUUUCUAUCUGCAACGUUCGAGAACGUUUGGCAACUGAAUGUGGCCCUGUGCACUUGGGCGUUGGACUCCGCAUCUUAUUAGCAACACGGGAAAUUUCUCCAUUUUCCACCCUGUCUACAGCGACAUAGCCACAAAUCUGGGAUUUUUUAUUACUUCUCUUCACUUGGCAGGUAUUUUCUGCAAUUUUCCAUUUUUGUUCACUAAGACUGGACUUUGAUUACUUGUCCAGUAAACGUUUCAAAGAGGAGCCUCCGCAAAGUGCUUGCAUUUAAGAAAGAGUCUAGUAGUGGUCUUUGUUCAUUUUUUUUGGAUCGGUUGAGUUUCUUUGUUGGAGCGAAAGCAUGGGAGCGCAAUUCUCCAAGACAGCUGCAAAAGGCGAAACCACGGUUGAAAAGCCAGGAGAGGCUGCCGCUUCACCAACCAAGACCAAUGGACAGGAAAAUGGCCAUGUGAAAGUGAACGGGGAUGCCUCUCCUGCGGCUGCAGAGGCAGGCAAAGACGAGGUGCAUGCCAAUGGUAGUGCCACGGCUGAGGAGGCUCCAAAAGCGGAGGCUGCAACUGCAGAGGCUGCACCCUCAGCAGCAGCAGUAGAAGGGGAAAAGGCAGAGAAUGCAGAGGCUGUGUCUCCAGCAGCUGAGGGUGAGGCAGCUAAACCGGAGGAGGGUGCCACGCCUUCAACCAGCAACGAGACCCCCAAAAAGAAGAAGAAGCGCUUCUCCUUCAAAAAGUCCUUCAAGCUUAGCGGUUUCUCCUUCAAAAAGACCAAGAAGGAGACAGGCGAUGGGGCAGAGGGUGAGGAGGCCGCUGCGUCCACCGAUGAGGCCAAGGAUGAGGCAGCCGAGGCCCCAGAGGCCACUGCCGAAGGGGAAGCCAAGACUGCGGAGGGAGAGGCCAAGCCUGCCGGUGCUGGGGAGGAAGCUAAGGAAGCAGCAAGCCCCACAGAGGCCAAGCCUGAGGAAACAGCAGCAGCACCCGCUGAGGAGGCCAAGGCAGCUGCCGCCGAGGAGCCAAAAGCAGAGGAGAAGCCAGCGGAGCCUGCUGCGGAGGCACCCAAAACGGAGGAGGCUGUACCUGCAACAGAGGUCGCAUCCAGUCCAGAGGCCCCAGCUGCCGCAGAGGCCAGUGCUGAGUAAAGCUGGAAACGCGAAGAGCAAAACGGAAGAAAUAAAAAAAACAAAAAGCUGAAAAAAGAUCAUCAAAAAAACAUUUCCCUGUUUGUAUGUUGGAGUGGUGCCAGUUCCUGGCUUUGGAGAACUUGUCUACAACCAGGGGUAUUUUAAAGCUUUUCUUUUUUUGUUUUCCCUUCCCCCUCCACAAAACCCAUCUUGGUCCAUUGUUACUACCAUUCCAACGGGCAGAGGUGGGUUGCUUAGAAACGUAAUAUUACAGGAAAGAAAAUACAUCCACACUCUGCCAUAUAUUUUUUUGCAUCUGUAUUACAUGUUUUUUUGUUGUUGCAUUUUUAUACAAAAUGUACCUUGUCAAAAUGUAUGGACAUGCCCAUGGUAUGGAGGAGGUGGGGUAUGUAAAUGAGUUGAGAUGUAAAUGAAGGGGGUUUUGGGGUGGGCGGGGGGGAGAUUUGGAGGUGGCACCUUUGUGCCUGGGAAUUGUGCCACAGACUAUAAUGUAAAGAGAGGUCUUAAAAACGAGAAUGAAACAAACACCUAUGUACCACAAGAGUACCAUGCGGUUUAUAACACUAAGUCAUUUUUUCUAUGAGACGACAAAAAAAACACACAAUUCCCAGAGCUAGGUUUAGGAAGUCAUUAAAAAAAAUUCAUAGGAGCUUUUCACUAAUCUCAUUAGCUGUACCAGUCAGUGAUUCAGUAGAAAUACAAGUUGUAUAGGCUUUAUUGUUUAUUGCUGGUUUUAUGACCUUAAUAAAGUGUAAGUAUGUAUAGGCGGGGUGUUUUUAACUAUGAUUAUUGUACAAAUGAAAUCUUGAUCUCAAGAAGCACAUGAAGUUUGCAGCUCUUUCCACCCGCUCAUUUUUGUAAGAUAACAAAAACAAAUUCAUCCUGGAUGACCUUUUCAGCAAUUUUGAACUCAACCAAGCUGUGAUAAGUGGAAUGGUUACUGUUUAUAUACUGUGGUAUGUUUUGAUUACAGCAGACAAUGCUUUUUUUCCCAGUGGUCUUUGACAAAUUAAGGAAUCUCUAUCAGAUGCGACGUUUGUGUAGCAUCUAGUCUCUUUUUUUUUUCUUUUCUUUUGUAAAUACCGGAGAAGCUUUGACCAAUUUGACUUAGAGAUGGAAUGUAACUUUGCUUAAAAAAAUGCUAUUAAACUCCUGCUUAGUGUUCUAAUUUUCUGUGAGCACACUAAAAGCAAAAAUAAAUGUGAAUAAAAUUUGA